AGAGCGGCCGCUCUAGCCUCCGCCUUCGGGGCUCUCCGCUGGGAGAACUCUAUGGUGGGGAUUUCUAGGCGGAGGCCUCCGCGGGGACUCUAUGGUCGCAGCCCGCCCACCCGCCCCGUCCCGCGCGGCCCCGCCGCGGUUGCGAUGCCGCCGGCGCCGCUUCCCUGAGGCGGAGACGGGCGCGGCGGCGGCGGCGGCUCUGGUUCUCCCCACGCUCGGCCACCACCGGCGGGGCCUGGCGGGCCUCUGAGCUGAUUAUGGAAGAGGUGCACAAGAGCAGCAGUAACAGCUCCGUGACGCCUUCACAAACAGCAGCCGUACAAGGUACAACACUACAGGCAGCUCAGCUCUCUCAUAUUGCUCAACAGGUAAAGCCUGGGCCAAAUCUCAGCAAACAUUUGAGGUAGUUAAGAGCCACGGUUUUAUGCACUGCGAGCUAUACUCAUCCGUGAAUUUUAGAAACACGCGGAGAAGAAAAAAACAAACGGAGGUUGAGAAAAACGUACUUUGUUGAUGGACGGCACAGUUAAUGAAAUGGCGUGUAUUCAAAAGAGCAGAAUUAAUGCUAGUGAAAUGCAAAAACGCAGCCCCAUGUUUCUUUUAGGUUGUGUGUCCUCUGACACCAUCAUCAGCCUGACCUAGAGGAGCUGCUCGGUAAUGAAUUGAGGGCCUGGUGUUGUUUUUUUUUGUUGUUUUGUUUUUUUGUUUUUUUUCAGAAGAAGCAUUUACAGCUCUUUUUGUAGCAAUGGCAAUUCUGGGUGCUCAGCACCAUGGAAACACUUGGAUUUUAGCCCAACCUGAAUAUAUUUAAUGUGAUAAAGCAUAUGAAGUUGGAAAUUUGACAUAGUUUCCAGGAGAUGUCUCUGAGAGGUCCUGCUCCUCUGACAGUUGUUCAGCUUCCUGGAGAGCAAGUCCAGGUCCAGGGAGUCAUUCAGACAGCCCAGUCCUCUUCUGUAAUCCACUCACCCCAGGUGCAAACAGUGCAGGUAUCUUCUUUGUCUGAGAGUGAAGAUUCUCAGGAUUCAUCAGAUAGCAUAGGCUCUUCACAGAAAGCUCGGGGUAUCUUAGCACGUCGUCCAUCUUAUCGAAAAAUUUUGAAAGAUCUUUCUUCUGAAGAUACACGGGAUAGAAAAGGAGAUGAGGAAAGUCCCGGUGUCUCUACUGUUACAUCUAUGUCUGUUCCCACACCUAUCUACCAGACGAGCACUGGACAGUACAUUGCCAUUGCUGCAAAUGGAUUACAGCUGGCCAGCCCCGGUACAGAUGGUGUGCAAGGUCUGCAGACGUUAACAAUGACAAAUGCUGGUGGUAGUCAGCCUGGGACAACAAUACUGCAGUAUGCACAAACAUCAGAUGGUCAACAGAUACUUGUACCCAGCAACCAGGUGGUAGUGCAGACUGCAUCGGGAGACAUGCAGACGUACCAGAUCCGCACCACACCAACGACCACGUCCCUUCCUCAGACUGUGGUUAUGACAUCUCCUGUCACUCUGACGUCACAGACAAGUAAGACGGACGAUCCGCAGUUGAAACGAGAAAUAAGGCUGAUGAAGAACAGAGAAGCUGCUCGAGAAUGCCGUAGAAAGAAGAAAGAGUAUGUUAAAUGUCUGGAAAAUCGAGUUGCAGUCCUGGAAAACCAGAACAAGACUCUAAUUGAAGAGCUAAAAACUUUGAAAGAUCUUUACUGUCAUAAAAGUGUGUAAGAAAAGAAGGUAAAACUUUUGUGGACUGUAAAUUUCAGAGGAGAAUUUUUUUUUUUAUACUGAAUUUUUUAAACUAGAUGAAAGGUCAAAAAUGAAACUUUUCUACCUAGAUUUCACAACUUAAAGACUAUAUAGAUUUUAUUUACAACAAGUUGGUGACAAAGUACAAAAAGGAAACAAGAAAACCUCACCAAAAUUCCUGCUGGCACAACUGGAAACUUUAUAAAGUCGAGAUUGCAUCUACAAUAAAAGGACAUUCACGUUUUACCAGGCAGGUGAUUAGAAUUUCUUUGAAAAUUUCUGCAAAUACCUCUUGUAAUGGGGGCAAUAUUUGGUAACAAUUAAAAUGUGGAUGAAAUGGAAUCCUUGCCAUAGUUAACAUUAUUAGUAACAUUUAUAACCAGUAUAUGUUUUGAUUUCUUACUCUUUUUCAAUCCUUACUUUUUCUUUCAGUUAUUUGUAUGUAAAUAUUUUUAUUUUAACCUGUAAGUUGUUAUUUACAGGUGCAGAUGAUAAAAAAGCUAAUACUUUGCUAGAGGUAUAAAUUAUGUUUACUCUUUUUCAGCUGACAGUUUAAAAGUUUUUUGUUUUGUUUUGUUUUUCCAAUGUUUGCUGUGUUUAUCAAAUUUGGAAAGGAUCUGCAGAAAGCAGUGAGAGGCCUAGUCCUGAAAAUGUCUGAGGCGCAUUAAAUAAGGUGUUGACUUGACUUAAGAGAAUUCAACACAUCCAAUUAUUUUAAAGUACAGUUUUGUAGAAUGAGUAAUGGUGAACGAAAGUUUCUGGAGAAUGAUUUUACAAUAGUUCGUUCUUAGUUGCUGGGCAUGAUAAACAUCUAUAAUUGAAAAAUAAAUCGUAUGCUGAUUAUAUAUACAAUUAAACAUGCACUGCUUAUUCUGUCUGGAGAUUCUACUGUGCUUUGGAACAUUCAAACCAAAUAGAAGAACGAUAAAAGAAAAAAAAUUGAAGAUAUAUACCAAAGGGUUUAAUGAGGUUCUAAUAUGUGGUUUAUAUGCCGAAAGUAGUGCAAAAUUUCCAGACUAAUUUUGUAAGGUAAGCGAUAUUUUGCAAAGUAAUGGUAUCUUUGUAAGAAAAUACUCUAUUGAAAACAGGUAGAUGGUUGGUAUAUUUUGUAGCUAAAUUGUGAUCUUUACAAAUUCUGAAAUUGAGUUUAUAUACGUAUUUUGACAGUUUAUAUAUUUCAUUUUAGUAAACAAAUGAAAUAUUUUGUGAACCAGAUUUUCAAGCAUAUAUUUUUAUGGAUAGUACAAAGUCAAAUGAGAUCCUCUUUGGUGUAGGAGAUAUUUGAAUUAAUUUUGUAUGUCUGUAGGCAACUUACAAAAAACGGAUCUUAACAAGUAUUGGGAAAAAAGAGAUCAGGGCUUCCCCCCCCCCCAGUUGAUGAGAUCUGCAUAUUAGGUCUGAUUGCUCAGAGAUUCUAGUUUUUAUCAUUUUGAUUUGUUUCAGGUGAAAGUUAGAUGUUUGACAUGAUCGGGACUCUUUUGGGUGUGGAACCUCCAUUUGUGGAGGUGUUCAAAAGCCCUCUGGGACAUGGUCCUGGGCAUCCGGCUCUAGGUGACCCUGCUUGAGCAGGGGAGGUUGGACCAGAUGACCUCCAGAGGUCCCUUCCAACCUCAGCCAUUCUGUGAUCCUGUGAUUCUGUGAAAUAGAAAAAUGUGUAUGCAGUGCUUAUUGCAUGAAUAAUAAAUACACUAUUUCCAUAGUUAGGAUUGAAUCCUGCUUCCAGUUAUGUCAGCGGGAAUUGCACUAUGGACUAUGCUAUUAAAAAGGUGUUAGAGCUAUGUGUGUGUGUUGUGCUAGCUCAGAUCUGAAUGAAAUUAAAAGAUGUACUCACUCCCUAGAUGUGUACUGCUUAUCAUGGUCAGUCAGUAUUUUUUAUUUUACUCAUUUUUGAAUUAAUGGGCUUCUUAGCAAGCAGAGCUCUUUGCAAAUGGUAUGAGAGAGACUGCAUUCCACAAUCACAUUGUUAGUAGGCUAUAAUAUUUUUUUUUCCUAAAGUUUAUAAAUAUAACAUUGUUACGGACAUCAUCCACAAUACAUUUCCUUUAGGCCAAACUGGAGUAUAUAUUUGUGUUCUCAAUCAUGUCAAAAAAGAAUGCUUUUGUUUCACAUCAAAAAUAAUGAGCAAGGUUGAGAAAGUCCUUACAUUAGUAAACUGCUCCGAAAGAGGUGCUCGGUGCCUCCUCCUCUCUGUCAGUGGAAUUUCAGGAAAAAUGAACACCACGGGAUGUGCUUAGCACCUCAGAAAAUUGGACUUUUUUGCUGUCUACCAUCAGGUGUGUGUACGCUAUUUGGCAUAUGUUUAAGAGGGUUUGACCUACAGUACUGAAACUAAUUUGAUAACUCCUCUGUAUGGUAUUUUGAUCCUCACUGUGUGCUGUUGUUCCUUUACCUUCUUUUGUAAUACAGAAUAAUAAUAAAAAAAGCUAUCAAGUGUUAA